UGUAUUAAUUCUCAUAUCUGUUACUUGUCUCCUUUCAGCUGUCCCACUAAUGCUUAGGGGAUGUAGCAUGAUUUAUGUGCAUUUGUCCAUAUUUUCUCCAGAUAGAGGCAGCAUAUAUGUGAAUACACGUAAAUUCACCAUGGUACAUCAUAAAAGUAAUGUACGGACUCUCAAUCUGGUGAGAGCACCAAAAACAUGCAGGUACAGCAGGGGUGAGCAGCAUCAGAAGUAUGUAAGUCAACUUUAUUUAUAAAGCCAAAACCAAAGUUACGAGGUGCUGUACCAGUGCAAACAUGUUAAAACUGGAAGUAAUAAUAGAAAUAAAAACAAUAGAAAUUUAAGCAGAGGGCAAACAGAGAACUACAUAGAACACAGAAACACAUUACAGACAAAGUGCCUCUGAAACGGGGAACUUAUUAGCAACUUCUCAAAACUACCGACUGACUGUGUUUUUUAUAGCUAGGGGAAGACGGUUCCAGAGAGUGGGAGCCACACUGCUCGGCGCGGUCACAUCUGGUUUUAAGCCCAGAUUUCAGGACAGCCAGACGGCCUUGGUCUGAGAUCUCACUGAGGGCAGGGACACAAUAAUUCAGAAAGAUAAACUUUGUAGUUCUUUACAGGUGAUUAAAAUCAUUUUAAAAUCAAGUCUACAUUCAAUGGGUAGUCAGUGUAGACUGACCUACACUGGUGUAAUGUGUACAAUGUGUGUAGUUAAAAGUCCAGCAACCCCCUUUUGGACCAACUGGAGCCAAAACGCAGCAGAGCAACUCAGGUUGAUGAACAGUGAAUUACAAUAAUCAAGACUGGAGGAAACAAAAGGACAGGAUUGGACCAUUCAUGUGCCAGUCAGAGUUCAUUUGUUCGUCAAACUAACUUUAACUUAACAUGUGCUACUAAAGGACCAGAAAUGCUCUCAAGGUCUAUGACGAGGACUUUUGUCCAGUCCUUGAUAGCUGUCAGUCAGUCUGGCAGGGUAGAGAGAAUCACUGCAGCAUCACUACGAUAAGAAAUUCACUUAAAUUGACAAAUUAAGAAACCAAGGGGGAGAAACUAAUAGGAGUCAAGAGCAUUCACUGUCAUAUCUGACCACUGCCGAAUCCUACUAAGAACAGUAACAGUGCUGAAAGCAGCAACAGGACUGAACAUUUAGUCAAAUAUAAUUAAAACCCUGAGCAGGGCAGUUUCAGUACUGUGCCUCAAACUAAAACCACACUGGGAUUUCAUUGCUGUCCAGAAUCUGUAAAAGUUGUUUACAAAGUUUCCUAGACCUUAGAAUUAAAAGUAAGUUUGGAUAUAAGUCUAUAGCUACUGCAAGCCUUGUUUUUUUUAAGAGUGGCUGAAUAAUUGCAUGUUCAGGUCUCUGUGUCUUCUUAGUCUUUCACUUUGUGGCAUUUUCACCAUUUUACAUGGACUGACGACAUGGAUAUUUCAGGUAAUUUCAAUAGCUCUUAUGUAUUCAUUUGAAUUGUUUUGUUAAUACAAAUAGUAAAAGAGACACCCAGUCCACCAUUGCAUCACUGAAUUAAAUGGACACACAUUAAGACUAGUGUCAGGUGUCUCUGUGGAACAGGUGCUUCUAACAUCAGGAUGCUGUGGACAGUGGAUAGAAGGAUAGAUAAUGGAUCAAACUAAAUGUGCCAACAUAUUUUUCUGCCUGUAGUUCAUAAUCUCAAAAAACAACAUACAGUGUUUGUGUUUGUGUUUGUGUUUGUGUGUCCAAUGCGGUAAGAGAUCAGUGUGUGUGCAGGUUGGCAUUACCAGGUACGGAUCAGGAGGAAGUACUGUGCUACCUUCAGGUCCCUUUUGGAAAGUUGGUGGUAGCUGUUGUAAAAUUGAAUUGUUAUAUUUAAAAUGGUUAUUGUGCAUUUAUCGGUUCGUUUUGCUAGGAUAGAAUAAUAAUAAUGAUAACGAAACUGACGCUGUACUAAUUGUCUAUUUACUGAAGAGAUGCGAAACUUUAAAGCAUUUGUGCUUCAGUAGCAAACUACUAGAAGUAAUAAUAAUGUCAUACAAAAGCACCAGAAUGAUGCAAAUCAAUAACAAGAAAAAAAAUUAUAAAUGUGGUGAUUUUACAAGCUCAAAAUUGGAAGUGUAUAUCGGUAUUUUGUUUGGUCUUUAUUGUGCGCAUAUUAUGUUCUGAACUACAUUUUUCCCACAUGACCUGAACGCAGCAGUAGAGACACCCGAGCCGUAUUUUACCGAUGCUUUAAAAUCCUCCCAACAUAAUGUCUGAUGAAGAGAUGUAUCUGCACUAUCAUGGACUUCUGCUUCCCAAAGAGACUCACUCCUUAGAGAGCUUGAAGUUUGUUCAGGAAUUCACGUUUGAAGACGAAGACGUCGUGACUGUCACAUACCCGAAGUCAGGUACAGCCUGGAUGCAGGAGAUCCUCCCACUGUUGCUUAAUGAUGGGGAUCUGACUCCGAUUCAAACAAUCCCUAACUGGGACAGGGCUCCCUGGCUGGAGGAGAAGAGAUUAGCAGUGGUUGUGGAUCAGUUGAAGUCUCCACGGGCACUGGUUACACAUUUUCCCUACCGCCUCAUGCCUCACUCCUUUCAUGCCUCCAAAGCUAAGGUGAUUUACGUCAUGAGGAACCCUAUGGAUGUCAUGGUUUCUUCAUAUUACUUCCACCAAAUGGCCGCGUUCCUCCAGGAUCCAGGAACCUUUGAGGAGUUCAUGGACAAAUUCCUCGAGGGCAGAGUGCUGUUUGGAAAAUGGACAGACCAUGUGAAGGGCUGGAGACAUACAGACCUGGGAGACAGAAUAAUGUACAUCACAUAUGAAGAAAUGGUUCAGGACCUUCCUGCAGCUCUCAGGAGGAUGUCAGAUUUCCUGGGCCGCAAGCUGAGUGACGAAGUCAUCCAGAAGAUAGCAGAGCAUUGCUCCUUCAAGACUAUGAAGACCAACAACAUGUCCAACUUCAGCCUGGUCCCAAAGAUAUAUAUGGACAGCGACAAAUCUCCAUUCCUUAGGAAAGGUGUUGCGGGAGAUUGGAAAAACCAUUUCAGCUCAGAGCAACAGGCCAAAUUCACAUCAGUCAUUCGCAAAGAUCUGGAGAAGGAGAGCUUCUCUCUGCCUUGGAGCUUGGAUUGAACCACAGCCGGAGCACAGAGAGGGAAGGAUUAAAGGCUACUUUUGGUUUUAAUAUUAGGAAUAUGACUAAAAGCAUUUCAUUGACUUUUAACAUUUUUAACACUUCAACACAUCAAGUUAUGAAUUGAUGAAAGAAUUGUAAAUUCUGCAUCUACAAAAGUUCACCCUCUGCAGAAAACAAAUCCUUGUUAUUUGUGUUAAACUGCCAACAGGGAGAUGCUGCUACAACAUUCAUCAUCACAACUGAGCUUGUUGCACCUUUAUGCUACCAUAUCAGACUUCUUUGGUUAUUUUUCUGCCACUGAACAUGAUUAAAAGAGGACUAAAUGCAUUAAAAUGACACAAUUGCUGGCUUCUUGCUAGCUUACAUAAUAUCACUACAUAAUGUUACUAAUGUACAGUAAAUAUGUAAAACUGCUUAAUGGCCUUGUAAGUAAUUUAAUUGUUGUUCCUACUAAUUACUGCGUAACUAGUGAUAGGUAAUUAAUAAUAUGACAUACUGUUUUGAGGUAUUGACUACAAGUGAUUACAGUCUUUGCACAAGGAGGUCUUGCAUAAUAAAUAAAUGCUUAAUUACUGUAUUAUACCUAAUACUGCGUUAAUAAAAUAUAGAUUAUUGUGUAUGUGAGGGAACAAACUACUACGUCACAAAUCAAGGGACAAUAUGCUUAUCAAAAGGAGUAAAAAUAAUCCCAUAUGUCAGUUUCUAUUCCCCUUAAUCACUUAUCAUUCUUCCACAGCAGCGAUAGCUAUGGCUGCCUUAUGUUUUGGGGUCUGUCCCAUUCUUGUGAACGUCUCCAGGGAAUUUCUUAAAUCAUCAACUUGGACUCAAAGAUGAAUAAUUAGGUUUUGGUGGUUGAUUUUUUGGCAAUUACUCAAGAGUUCUAUGUUUAUAUUCAUCUUUUUGUUUGAUCUUGACUUUGCUUUUUUAUCUUGUUCUGUAAAGCCCGUUGUAACUGUUUUGAAAAGUGCUAUACGAAUUUAUUUGUAUAAAUUUUCCCCUACAGUUUCACCAAACUCUUUAUACCAGAAAAUGAACGGAACAGGAAUGUAGGUAAAUUAUUGUUCUUAUUGUUCAUCUGUUCAGUUAUACUGCUAAUGUGUUUUAAUCAUACAUAUAUUUACGCUUCUUGUAUUUUAACUUGUUUUUUAUUAUUAUGGUGUUUCAAUUCCUUCCUUCAAUAUCUCACAAAUAUCACAAAUUGAGUGACUAAUAAUUAUAUAGUAAAUAAAUUAGUUUGAUAAUGUUGUUAAAAGUUAAUAAAGCAUGAAUUAUAUUUUAGACAAAUAUUAUCAAGAGCAUCUGCAAUUUCCAUCAAGUUUAACGUUCGAUUGAGCAUUACCUUCAGCUCUUUUUCCAGCCCACACAUGGUAGUGUAUGCUUUUACUGCUUUCAUCACCCCACAUGCAUACAAUGAUAUGUUGGUUUUCAUCAGACAAGCUCAGACAAGGUGAGCGCAUAUGACCUGUCUGGCAUGAAGCUGAUGUAAAAGAGUUGUGAUAGUAGAAAGGUCAAGCUUCUAGAAAGAACACAGCUUCUAACAUAGCUAACAUAUAAGUAAGUAAUGCAGCUUUCUAGAGAAAACAUUACAAAGUGCUUUUACGUACAGUGAAGGCAACCAGAACCAGUCUAUAUGGAAAAUAAGUCACUGACAGUAUAGAUACUUGUCUAUGUCACACAGUUCUCUCCCAUUCAGGGAAGCCCACUUAGCACACAUGGCUUUGGAUAGUAUUAUAGCUCAUUAUAUUAAUCAAUAUUGUGUUCCUAUAAUUCUAAAUAUUUGUGAUUUUAAAACUAUAAUUUAUCCAGUGUUUUUGGCUCUGAAGCUACAUGUUAACCUACCGGUCCAAACGUGUCCAAACAUGUCUCCUGUCUGCAGACAUCAACAGACAGAGGUGCAUCCUCCCUGGCAUCUCUCACGUGACUGGAGACACGCACACACACGCACACACGUGCGCGCGCACACACACACACACACACACACACACACACACACACACACACACACACACACACACACACACACACACAAUCUGUGGAACAUUGGUGUCCUGACAGGAGUUGUCCAAGUCAUUGUCAAACGUACAUUAUAGAAAUCAUAAUUUCAGCUAAAGAGGUGGAGGCAAAUGAAGUUCUUUGUUCUCCUUAGGUAAUUAAAGCAGCAUCAACAAUGACACAACAAAUAAUUUAUUCAAUGCAAGAGGCAUUUAACUGUGAAAAGCUCUGGGAUAUCUCGCCACACACACAUUUCCCCCUCUUUCUCCUGCUGAGUUCUUGUGUAAAUGUACCUGAUGCCAGUGUUGUUCUGUCAGAGCUCUAAUAAAUGGGUGUCCAAAAAUA